UCCAUCGGGGUGCUCAACAUCCACGAAGAAGGCAGUUCCUGAGGGCUCGGUAGAUCUACAGUGGCUAAACUAUGCUGGGCGUAUUACGGUGAUACAUAUUCCCGCUGCAUCAACUAACUUACUUCCCUGCAGCACCGGACAAUCCGUGUGUAGAUCUACGAUCCGUGCAUUUAUCCAGCAUAGCCUUUCGAGAGACGUGCCGAAGUAGAAUCCACUCACUGACUGGCAGACAUACGAAGUGCCCAGGUCCUCUUCUCCAUGUUCGCAUAGCUCAUGCGACGUCAGUGUGUUCAACGAAGGCAGGAUUUUCCUACGUCCGCCAGCAUUCAGGGUUCCUUCAAAGAUUGGACGCUCAGACUGAAACGAGUAACAGGUUCAAUGAUCGCUUUCAAGCGAGCACAGUAUCAAAAGGUACAGGAUUGAGAGAACUAAUCGUAAAGCUAGAAAAAAGCCCAGCGAAGGAAAACAGAUUCAGUGAGUUGCUGCUCAAAGUGGCCUGGACUGAAGAAUGGCGGGCAAGGACCGCACCUUCAACCUUGGUAUGACUAUCACGGCUCCACCCGAGAAGCACCAAGGCACUGCUACACCAUCCGUGUCCGCGGAGCCAACGCCCGUGAAACGGGAGAACAGAAAAUCGCGAAGACAGCGAGAGAAGUCGAGCCAAUCCUCUGUUGAGUCCCCUGUUCAGAGCCCGGUCGAAGGCGAGAAAAGCGUCGGCUUUCUGCGACGAUUGUUCACCAGACGCGGCAAGUCACGUCCCGCAUCUUCCGUUCCGGCAGAAGCUCAUCUACCAUCGGCAAGUCAACAUACAGUUCCGCAGCAGCAACAGCAGCGCCCUCAAACUCAAAGCCAACAGGCUGUGAAACUCGCGGUAGCUCCCAAUGAAGCGCCGUGUCCAAGCCCACGGCUUGCGAACAGGCUGCGUCCGUCAGCAAGUGCAAGCGCCAUUUCGCCGACGAUACCGGGACCUGGGAUCGGCGAAACUCGUACGACUGCCGAAGUGACUCCCGGAGCAUCGACCGCUACUCCAUCCUCGGGACAUGUAGCUAACAGCGGAGCACCGCAGCAGCAGAAACAACAGUUGCUGCUGACACCGCAGAAUGUGCUGGGAAGCAAUCAGAUGACGCGGUCCGUGUCCGAAGGAACGAUGCCCUCGCCUUCUGUUCGUCGUAUUGGCCCGCAUCCGGUUAUCUUGAUGGUGAAGGCGGUGAAGAACGUGCGAGAGAAGAACAUCGACCCAACGGUGGACCUGCGGCAAGUUACAGUGCGUGGCGAAGGUCAGCAGGACUUCGGCAUGGCUCUGGCUGGUGUUAACCCUGUGCUCAUCAUGAAAAUAACAAAAGGUGGCCCAGCUGAUGCUGCUGGCCUUCGCACCAAUGACAUGAUAGUCUCAGUGGCCGGGAAAAGCUCUACAAGAUGCACGCACGCUGAAAUCACCACACUAAUGAAGAAAGCCAGUCAUGCGAUGCCGCACACCAGAUCACAGACCGACACCCCUCCGGCUCAAGUGCAAACUCAGGCCCAGCUAAAGACCGCGACCUUGCCUGUGAGAAUCGGUCCAUCACCACGGCCCUCGCCCCGAACAAGCACAUCAAAGAUGCAGACCUUGCCUAUUGGUAAUGCUAGCCUGGUCUCGGAGCUGAAGGAUAACUUGCGCAAAUCACCUCGGCCCAGCUCGGCCAAGGAACAUGUUGUCAAACCAGUACCAGUUGUUAUUAACGUUGUUUCUGAGCCGGAGAUGCAAGACAAGCCAACAACUGCUGUGGUCGCCGCAGAUUCCAUCGGCACCGAUGCAGAGGAUGGCGCUGAUGGAGCGGGUGCCAUUGACGAUGACGUGAUGAAACGCUUGGAGGAGGCUGCUGACCUGAUUGCAGAUGUCGCCCUGGCUGAUAAGCCGGAGAAACCGCCCAAGCGCCGACAAUCGGAAGAUGCUUUGGUGGUUCCAUCUCCCUGGGAAACAUCAAAGAAGGAAAAGCCUCCAGGGUCAGCCCCAUCGUCGCCCAGCAGCAGUCGCCGCCAAAUAACGAAGGAGAUGUCGUUCGAAGAGAUGGCCGAAUUCAGCAAGAGCGCCCCGACGACGCCGGGAACUCAGCGCAAGAGCAAGCUAAAGCGCAGCUCCUCGUCCAAGGGCAGUGCAUUCAUUGUUGAGCACAAGUCUGGUCGGAUGGUCAGCGUCGCCGCCAGAAGGUCGAUCCUUGCCACUGGCUCUCCGGACCCGGAGCAGGACGAGGACCAAGAGCGAAAGAAGGUACAGCUCCUAGAUGACUUCGAGGUCAGUACCGAGCAAACACUCGACUUAGAGGUCGCCCUCGGCAAGGCCAGUAAGAAGCUGACUUCCCGCACCAUGAGCACUGACAGCGACACAGCUGCCAGUCCCGAGAUCACACUCACACCGCCGCAUGCCGCGUCUCCUAGAUCCUCGGUGAGCGAGCUGCCCGCAAAGAAAGACUCCAAGAUUGCCGAUCUCCAACAGGCACUGAUGACAUCGCCAGGAAAGUUCAGUGGCGGCUAUCACAAACCAGGUACGAGUACAAGUCUGUCGAGGCCACAAUCGCCGGAGGUGCUAGAAGCACCUGCAGUCGUAACCCCAAGCAAGAAGACAUCCUUGCCAGCUCAACCCAAGAAGGAGGAGAAGAGGCCUCCACAGCGAAGCAAGAGUGUGAAAGUGUUUGGCAGGAAGUCAUCAUCCUCCGAUUUCGAUGCAUUGCUACCAACCACGGGGCCAAGCCUUGGCCUGCAGGUCGGCCAUGCCAAACGUGACAUAGCCCGCGGCAGGAGCGUUCGAAAACCGUCGCGUCCCAGAUCCGUUCAUUCGCCGGAUGAGCCGAAAGGCUCGGAAGACCUUUUCGUGACCGACGUGCCUGAAUCGCCCAAGAAAGACGCCAAGGAUAACAUGCGGGAUGAGCAAGAGCCGAAGAGGAAGCAAGGGAUGUGGGACGUCAACCUUUCUUCAGCUCAGCCAACGGUGGGCAGUUCAGAGAAAUUGUCCGGCAACUCGCUCGGCGUCAAUCUGGUGGUUCAAACGCGCCUUCAGAAUGGCUCGCCGGGCCGCAGUCCAAGCAGACGAGUCAAGCAUGUGCCAUCGGCUGACCUUGUGGCACAAGCACAGAGCACGCUCAACUCUUCUCCUUCAAAUUCAGCCGCUCGCUCUCCGGGGAAAGCGUCCCCGUACAAACGCUCCCGCUCCGUACCGAUGCUUGACAGCGCUGCUGAUGACGAACCGAUUACAGUGAUUGAUGAUGAGCCACCUGUAGCUGCUGCUGCUGCUGCUUCCGCUACCGCUGCCGCUACAUCUCUUCCUCCGCAGUCGGCAGGGGUAGCAGGUUUGCCGAAGCGACGCGUCAAAACGGUGGGUACGCCAGUGAAGCAGCUCGAUGUGUCCGAGUCGCCUUCACUGGCACGCACAGCCAGGCUAGCCGAGCCGCAGUGGGUCGCAGUGGCUCGAGGCAGGGCAGAGCGCCUAAAGAGUCAGCCUGACGAACCAUCUGCGCCAGAAGAAGCAGUUGAUGCGGCGCCGGCCAGGAAGCUAUCUGCGAACCCAGCGGUGGGGUUGAAGCCUGCAAAGACGAAGAAGCCGUCAGUGGAAGCAGCGCCCCAAGCAGUGGCUACGCCGGACUGGGUGGCCCUGGCCAAAGCCAAGCAGAAAGUGACCUAGAUGCAAUCCACCGUGGUGCAGAAUGACACUGUGACCUUGAAAGGCGAAUGGUCAGCAUCCAGCAUUCCCCUGCCCGUGCAAAGAGAAUUUCUAAUGGCCAGCGCACACGCCCGUUGAACUAUGGGACACACUGACAGUAAUGAGUCUACUAAUGACUGGCUCAGCUCAGCAACACUACUGCCAUGUUGCUGUAACCAAAGGGUGGUGUUUAUUGUGCUGAAUGCAUGGUCUGGACAGCCACACAUUCAGGGAGCUGUAAAAACGACUCUCUGCACAUAUUAUUAUCAUUAAUUUUUUUAUCUGGCAUUGAGAUAUUUCUUUGUAGUUUUGCAGUAGUUUCAUUGACAACAGCUGUCCUGACUGCCACUGCCAGCAUGCAAAAAGCAGCGACACAACGUGCACACACAUCUUGGCUCUUUCCCAAGUCGCGUCACAGAAAGUGCCUUGUGCGCAGCGAUAUUAUUUCGUAGAAGGCUAGAUCAAAAUUUCUCCUCGCACAGGCCUAUGCAGUAAGAUUUCAUGGCUGUAUGCUAGUGCAUGGGACUUGCCGUUUUUCUUCUUCGUGUUAAAACUUCUUUACAACAAACCUUUCUAAGAAUUUCAAAAGAAUUCUUUAUUACAAACAA